AUGAAUAAUAUUAUAAAAAUCGGACUCAUUUUCAACUUUUUCAUUAAUGAAGCUGUGAAUGCUCGUGUGACAACAAAAUACACAAAUGGUUUAUAUUCAUAUAGUUCAACAUUUGUUCGACCUAAUGGUUAUACAAAAAAUUACUAUUUUCAUGCGAUCAAAGUAAAAGUUUUUACAACUGGCUUAUAUAGUUUUACAAGCAACAGUACUUUCGAUACUUAUGGAUCUAUUCAUCAUUAUCCUGUUGAACUAACUAAUCUUUCUAAAAGUAUGAUUGCAUAUAAUGAUGAUAGUGGUGGUGGUGGUCUACAAUUUCAAAUUAAUCUUACUUUACAAUCCGACAAGGCUUAUGUUUUACUUGUUACCACUUAUUCUUCGAAUGUUACAGGAUUGUUUACAAUCAUAGUUGAAGGUCCAACUAAUGUUGAACUCAUUCAGAAUGAUUAUUUCGUUUUAGAAUCAACGACAACAACCACAAUUUCACCUAUGAUAACAUCUACCUAUUUGGGCAUUUUAUCAUCUUACAGUUUGAAAUUCUCUCGACCAUCAUAUAGUCCAUAUAAUUAUUAUUAUCAAGCUAGUAAAAUAACAACUACUAUGAGUGGUACAUAUAGUUUCGUGAGUAAUAGUUCAAUCGAUACGUAUGGUUACUUUUAUGAUGGUUCAUUUAAUCCAUCUAAUCCUAAUUUGAAUUUAAUUGCAUCUAAUGACGAUGGUGGUGAUAAUAAUCAAUUUCGUAUUAAUGUUACUUUACAAUUUCAAUGCAAAUAUAUUUUGGUUGUUACUACAUAUAAUUCCAAUAUUACAGGAAGUUUCUCAAUCGAAGCAGUUGGUCCAUCACGAGUUUAUUUUUAUUCAAUUACAUCAACAACAGAUCAAUAUCAAUUAUGUAAUAGUUAUACACCACUAUAUCCAAAUAAAUCAUCUGUGAAGAAAAUCAUUGUUAUUGUUAUUCCAAUUUUGAUUGUAUUAAUUAUAAUUAUUAUUGGUUGUUGUAUAUCUCGAUGUAAUCGUAAAAGAAUGUCUAGACAUCAUCAAAAUGCUCAAACAGGGAUAUUAUCUAUAACAAAUACUCAAAGAAUUGAAAUUGCUGUACCUUACACAAUUUCAUUGACGAGAACGUCUGAUCGUUUUGAAGAACAACCACCAUCCUAUGAAUCAGUUAUAUCAUCGAUGAGAAUACAACGCUAA